AUGAAGAUAUUUAAUGCCAUAUAUGAAGAAUAACCCAAAGAAUAGUUUCCAUUAUACAGUAUUUAAUUAGAUGGUAUGGAUAGGGAGAAAGUGGUUAAAAAAAUUAGAUAAGAUAAAUCAGUGGAUAAUAGCUCUGUUAGAGUUUAUAAAAAAUUGUGUAGCAAAUAUUAACUGAGAUAUAAAGUACUUGUCAAAUAAGAUCAGAUAAAUGGUAAAUUAUAUUAGAGGAUUCUUUCGAAAGAAAAGAGUUAUUCGUUAAAAGAUGAUGAUUUAUGGUGUUAGAAAGUUAUAUUUUUGCUUUUUUGA